AAAUAAAUAGAUAAGAUGCAUUUUUCUGUUCGCGGUUGAAAAUAUAUUCUCAACUUGCCCCUUACGAAAUCUUUUGCUUGAUGCUUAAUCUUUGACAAUUCUAAAAGUACGCUUCACUCUAACAUCUGAAACUCCAUUUUUUUUAAUCUUUAGAAAAUGAUAUUCUCUAGUCUCUUCAUAAAUCUUAUUCGUGGUUUUAUGGAUAACUGGAAGAUUUCACAUGUUUGUAAUUCGCUUGAGAACCCAACUCUCUGUGUGCUUGCAUCGCAAGAGAUGAGAAACAGCAGUUAAAAACUUUGAUUAAACAACUCAUCCCCACCCCAUCUAAUGUCAAAACCAAUCAUGUGCAAAGACCUAAAAAGAAUAAAUAAUGCAAUUGGCUCAUCUGGGUCAAAAGGAACGCCCAGGCUGUGAUCUAAUGGAAAUAGUCUAUCACGCAAAACAAGUGGAGUUUUCGUUUUAUCUUCAAAUGGCAACAACUACCAUAUGAAACAAAUCCAUAAAACAACAAUUAGGCGUAGGGUUUUUGAUCCAUUCACGGCUCUUCUGUUGGGAAAGAUCAGCAUGUGGGUGUGGAAAAGGCGAGUGUGUGAGAGAGAACGUGGGAAUAAUUGAAUGAGGUUCAGAAAUCUUGAGUCAUUGCAGGGAUAAUUCAAUUUUAUAUACUUAAAAUGAAUCGGUUUUCGUUUCUUAUCUACUCGAAGGGAUCACAUGUGAGGUUGUUUCAUAGGAGAGUCUGGUCCCUUAUUUAAAGAGGCAAUUCUUCUGCUGGCAAAUGCCAAUAAAUGUUAAAUAAAUUCGUUCCCAUUAGUACUCCUCAUCUUCCUCUUUGUUCUCUACCGCAUCUGCUGUCUUUUAGCCUACCAAGAAAUGGCAAAAAUCAUUUUUGCAUUAGCAAUCUUGUUUGGAUUCUGCUAUCUUGCUACUAGCGUGAAUUCCUAUAUGGUCUCUGGCUGGACUAAAGCUCAUGCCACAUUUUAUGGAGGCAGCGAUGCUUCAGGAACUAUGCGGGGAGCUUGUGGGUAUGGGAACUUGUAUGCAAGUGGCUAUGGAACAAGGACUGCUGCUUUAAGUACUGCCUUGUUCAAUGAUGGAGCGUCAUGUGGACAAUGCUACAAGUUAACGUGUGAUUAUCAAGCAGACCCCAAAUGGCGCAUAAAAGGUACAUCUGUGACCAUUACUGCAACAAACUUUUGCCCUCCUAACUUUGCUCUCCCAAGCAAUGCCGGAGGGUGGUGCAACGCUCCUCUCCAGCACUUUGAUAUGGCUCAGCCUGCCUAGGAAAAGAUUGGUAUCUACGGAGGCGGAAUUGUGCCUGUUUUGUUCCAGAGGUUUCCAUGCAAGAAGCAUGGUGGAGUAAGGUUCACUAUCAACGGAAGAGACUAUUUUGAGCUUGUUAUGAUUAGCAACGUGGGUGGGGCAGGAUCCAUCCAAUCUGUGUACAUCAAGGGCUCUAACACUGGGUGGAUGGCAAUGUCAAGGAACUGGGGAGCCAACUGGCAAUCCAAUGCCUAUCUCUAUGGCCAAUCAGUGUCGUUCAAGGUCACCACUACUGAUGGAGAGACUCGACUAUUUCCUAACAUUGUGCCAGCAAAUUGGGGGUUUGGCCAGACUUUCUCUAGCAAAGAACAAUUCUAAGUUACUAAAAGCUUUAGAGUUCAGGAUUUUGAGUUUAGUUUUCGACAGAAGUGUUCUUAUUAUUUUACAAAAGUUGCCCGCCAUACAUUUCUUGGGAUUUUAUCGGUUGAGACGGUUGAAAUUACAUGGCUACAUGGUGGUUCAGA